AUGCGUGUUCCCCGUAGCACUGGCUUUCACUGGAAGCUGGAGAUCACACCACCUUUCUUUUAUGUUUUAGCUGAACAGUCUCUGAGCUGGGUAACUUCAGCUUUGAAGCAUAGGUUGAAACUAGGCAUUUGGGACACAAUCAGUGAAUGUGUGAACCAUAACACUAUAGCUCCACCUACAGGGUCUGAUGGAUGCCUUGCCAAUUCAUUAUCAGUAGAGGGAUGGUUCCUGCUGGGAUUUGCCCUGGAGGUAUAUCCAAUUUUACCCAAUCUUGGGAUUCUGACUGCAACUAACUCUGUAUUAAGAAGAAUGGUUGGGGUCAAAUCUAGAUUAACACAAGAUGAGGAAGAGCAACUGCAACAUCUGUUGGAGAGCAGAUGCUUAAGUCUUCUCUAUAAAGCAAGCAUCCAUGGUUACAAUGCUUCUAUAUUUCAUGCCAAGUGUGAUGCACAAGGGCCAACUGUAGCAGUAGCAUAUAACGGAAGUGGUUAUGUUUUUGGAGGAUUUACGAGCAAAGAGGGUGUGCUCAGCCCACUAAAAAUUCCUGUUAAAACUGCAACAUCUGCUAUAUAUGACCAUAGUCCCAGUGGCCCUAAUUUUGGAGGUGGAGCACUGCAGUUGUUGGACCAAAAUACAGCAGCAGCAGCAACAAGUUCUAACAACAACUACACAUUCAAUGUUGCUGAUCUGCUUGGAAAUGAUCUAGGCCUUCUGGAAUGUGAGGUGUAUCGAGUUGAAGAUAUUAGCAGCUUCCUGGAAUCUCCAUGGAGGAAGAUUACAUGGACAGCUGAAUUUGCAACCAAUUCCUCCUUGUUAUUCAGAAUGAAGUCUAAAAUGGUUGCCACUUGGUUACUUCCUUCAUUGUCUGAAACAAACAUGGUCCCCAGCACAUUCAGAGAACUUGUUGGACGUUUUGUGCUUUGCUGUCUUACUUUUGCAAGAGAUGUCAGUACAGGACUUACCCAGUUAAAGAUGGAAGAGAUGGCAAGCCUCUGUGACACAAUGGGAAUAGAAGAAAACUCAGGAUUUAAUCCAGCUGCCACCCCUCAUCCAGAUUCUCCAGGCUAUAUCAAGAUGCCUGCUCUGAAGGAUCAGAUUCAUUGUGUUGCAUUUGUUAUUGAUGGGUGCAAAAUUGAGAUUCUCCCUGAGAAACUGGAAGAGAAGCUGAAACAGCUUCGAAGGAAAGUGAACCAGUUUGAGAUCCCACAACUGGUUUUGCUAACUAAAGUGGAUGAAAUUUGCCCUACUAUUGAAGAAGACGUCCAGUGUGUGUACAAAAGCAAAGCUGUUGAGAAACAGAUGCGGAUAACUGCAGAGAAACUUGGAAUCCCUCUUGCUCAGAUUGUACCUGUUAAAAACUACUGCUCCGAGUUGGAUCUUUCGUGCGAUGUUGACAUCCUGUUACUUUCCGCCGUGAGGCAGCUUAUACAUUUAGCAGAAAGCUACCUUGACAAUUUCCCUUUUGAGAAGUCAAAGAAAGAGCUCUAA